CGGCAGCGGCUGAACUCUGACCGUCUCCGCCACAGGAAGAGGAAGCGCCUGAGCCGAGCCGAACUGGGCCGAGCCGGUCCCGACCCGCUGAGGAAAUCUGAUCGGAGCUGUACAAAUCCCGGCGCCGAUGGAAAGGCUGGUCAGUUCCGAGAGCUUGGCCGCCAAGAAGCCGCCACGUUUGGCGCCUGGCUCCGGGCAGACGAGCGUGGAUUCUCAGGACAGCCCUGCAGGGUCUCACGUUGAGUGGUGCAAACAGCUUAUAGCUGCGACCAUCUCAACCCAGCAUUCAGCUGCUGCGGUGCCUGAAGCCAUCUCCAAGGAUUAUCGGGUGUUCAGGAGACCUGAUCUACGGGAGAUUCAGGAUGGACGCAGUGGGUCCUGUCAUUCUGACCCUGACCCGAGUGUACUCCCCUUGGUCCUAAGGGAUGGAAAUAAGUUGGCUCAGUUGGAGGAGGCACCACUCUUUCCAGGAGAAGCUAUCAAAGCAAUUGCCAAAGACGUCACAUACAUUUGCCCUUUUAUUGGAGCCAUCAGUGGGACACUUACUUUGACUGACUACAAACUGUACUUCAAAAGCGUGGAGCGUGAUCCCCCUUUCACACUUGAUGUUCCACUUGGGGUUGUGAGCCGUGUUGAAAAAAUUGCUGGUGUUCAAGGUCACGGUGCAAGUUCCUGCGGCCUGGAGAUUGUGUGUAAGGAUAUGAGAAAUCUACGGUUUGCUUACAAGCAGGAAGAACAUGCCAAACUGGAGAUCUUUGAGAAUCUUACCCUGUAUGCCUUUCCUGUCUCAAAGAACUUGUCACUUUUCGCAAUGAAGUACAAAGAGGACUUCCCGGUGCAGGGUUGGAAGGUGUACGACCCUGUUGCAGAAUAUAAAAGACAGGGCCUGCCAAAUGAAAGCUGGACAAUAUCUAAAGUCAACAGUAACUAUGAACUCUGUGACACCUACCCGGCAAUUGUGGUCGUACCAACCAGCGUCAAGGACGAUGACCUUUGCAAAGUGGCAGCUUUUCGGGCCAGUGGCCGAUUCCCGGUUUUGUCAUGGAUCCAUCCAGAGACCCAAGCGACGAUUAUCAGAUGCAGCCAGCCAAUGGUUGGACCCAAUGACAAGCGAUGCAAGGAAGAUGAGAAGUACUUACAGACCAUCAUGGAUGCUAAUGCUCAGUCUCACAAGUUAACUAUCUUCGACGCUCGACAGAACAGUGUUGCAGAUGCCAAUAAGGCCAAAGGAGGAGGCUUUGAGAGUGAAAGUGCCUACUCAAACGCCGAGCUUGUUUUCUUGGAGAUUCAUAAUAUCCAUGUCAUGAGGGAGUCUCUGAGGAAACUGAAGGACUUUGUUUACCCAGUCAUUGAUGAAUCCAAGUGGCUGUCAAAUAUCGAUUCGACUCAUUGGCUAGAGUACAUACGGAUCCUGUUGGCUGGAGCAGUCCGCAUUGCCGACAAGGUUGAAUCUGCGAAGACCUCGGUUGUUGUCCACUGCAGCGAUGGCUGGGAUCGGACUUCACAGCUCACAUCCCUCAGUAUGCUAAUCCUUGACAGCUACUACCGAACCAUCAAGGGGUUUGAAGUCCUGCUGGAGAAGGAAUGGCUGAGUUUUGGACACAGAUUCGCAGUUAGAGUAGGACAUGGGGAUGAGAACCACGCAGCUGCUGACCGCUCACCCAUCUUCCUUCAGUUCAUUGACUGUGUGUGGCAGAUGACAAGACAGUUCCCGGCAGCAUUUGAAUUUAAUGAGCUCUUCCUGCUAACCAUCCUGGACCAUCUGUACAGCUGCCUGUUUGGGACAUUCUUGUACAACUGUGAGCAACAGAGAGUGAAAGAGGAAGUGCAGGCAAAGACAGUUUCCCUUUGGUCCUACAUUAACAGUCAACUGGAGGAGUUCACCAACCCUUUUUAUGUGAAUUACGAAAAUCACGUGCUUUACCCAGUGACCAGUUUACGGCAUUUGGAGUUGUGGGUGAACUAUUAUGUCAGGUGGAACCCAAGGAUGAGACCUCAGGUUCCCAUUCACCAGAAUUGUAAGGAGCUUCUGGGCAUCCGGGCCGAACUCCAGAAGAAGGUUGAGGAGCUUCAGCGUGAGGUCAGCAAUUUGGCGAUCUCGUCGUCCUCCGAGAGAGCAUCUCCCACACACUCCGUGUCUCCUGUGCAGACGACUGUCUAACGCACCUGCCGUGGCACCACCGUGAUCAGCUGGUACUCGGUCAUUCGUGUAAACCACUAGCAAGACUGUAAUAUUUACUUGAAAGCUGUAAAUACAGUUUCUGUUUUUGUACAAGUGUAUUUGUGUGUGCAAUACUUUGCUGCCUGUGUUUAUGUCCUGUAAGCCUCUGUGUGGAUGGCCCUGGUACAUUACCACUUCGUUACCCUGAAGCCAAGACCUUCCCCACAGAGGAAAUGUAAGUGCUACUGUACAGUCCAGCCUCAACCCUUGGCAAAUUUUGGCCAGUAAAGUCUCAGAGCUGCUUGGGGUGGGAGAGUACAUCUGCUGGUCAAGGGACCACAGUGCCAAGCUUCUUCAGCAGACACAACUGUGUCUUUUAAACUCCCCAACACAUUUCCAACAUUGGUUUCCUGACAUGAAACCCGACUCACGAAUUGAAUCGCAAUUCACAAAAGAGUUCCACUUUUGUUUGUUGGAUAGGUAACGUUACUAUUAAUAUUUUAUUGAUCUUAAUAAAGUGUAUAUAUUUUUAUAUAGUGCCCAUAGAUUAAUCUCAUUAUUGCAAAUAAAUUCAAACACUUUCCAAGUGUUAAUGAAGACAGUGCAUUCAAUAUGUAAGAUGUACUCUUUGUAAUACUCUGUCUCUCACCCAUGACUAAAAUGUGGUUAAGACAGGUUUAAGUCAAUUUGCCAGGGCAUCAUUGUCCAUUAUUUAAGUGAGGAUUUAGGCAGAGAGUGGUAAAUCUGUGGAAUUCAUUGCCGCAGACAAUGAGGCCAAGUCAUUGCGUAGAUUUAAAGCAGAAGUUGACAGGUUUUUGAUUAGUAAGGGUGUUAAAGGUUACAGGCAGAAAGCAAGAGAAUGGAGUUGAGGGGGAUAAUAGAUCAGCCAUGAUGGAAUGGCAGAGCAGACUUGAUGGUCUGAAUGGCCUAAUUCUGCUCCUAUGUCUUAUGGUCUUACAGAUUUGUUUUUUUUCUAAAUAGGUAUGUGCCAUUUACUGCUUAACUCUUUUGAGGUAAUAGAACUAAAAUUCGGAUGCUGAGGUUUGACAAGACUGACACAUCAUUGGAGACUUGAACUAUUUAAACUUGAUGUUUUCAGCAAUUUCGUACAAAAGGGUUUGCAAAAAAUCGCAGGUUUGAUUGAAACCAGUAAAAAGUCUUCAAUUUAUAAUUGAUGUAAAAAGCACUUUUCAUUAUUUGAUUUGGUAAAUAAUUGCAUUGUCUCAGUAAAUCUGGUCAAUUCCGUUUUCACAAUAUUUUUAUGAUUGAUUGCUAAUUGCCUUUCAAUAAUUUAACCAGAGGCCAAUAAUAAUUGUUUUAAUCACACAUCCAAAGCUGUCACACUUUCCAAAUCAUUUUAACCAAUAUUAGCUAAAUGAGCCAGAUAUUUCAAUAACUAGUAAUCUAUUUUUGUCCUUCAUAUGGUCCACUCAUGUCUAGAUGACCACAGAUUGGUAAAGGCUACACAAAAGCUGUUGCCAUUGGAUUAGUAGAGUCUUCUUUGUAACAUUGGACAAACAUUUGCUCAUUUUUACAUUCUUGUGGUGAUAUGUUUUUGCACUUUAGUUGUCUGCAUCUUGUUGUCAAAGAAAACUCACAAUCUCACCGCCAAUCGGUGGGCCAAAUGGCCUAAUUCUGCUCCUAUAUCGUAUGAUCUGUGGUCUAAUAUUACCAUAACUGUAUAUUUUUUUGAGUUGGAUAAAUAAGCUGUUUUCAUUUCUGGUUGCUUCAUUAUCGGAAGAAUUUGGAAGCUUUGGAGAGGGUGCAGAGAAGGUUUACCAGGAUUGGAUUAUGAUCUUUUCUCCUUGGAGUCUGGGAGGAUGAGAGGUGUACAAGAUAGAGUGGACAGCUAGCGCAUUUAUCCCAGGGGGGGAAUGGCUAAUUUUAAGAUGACUGGAGGAAAGUAUAGGGGAUGUCAGGGGUCGGUUUUUACAGAGAGUGUGGUGGGUGUGUGAAAAGCCCUGCUGGGGAGAUGGUAGAGGAAGACACAUUAGGGAUAUUUAAGGGUCUCUUCGGUGGGCACAUGGAUGAGAGCUAUGCAGGAGGAAAGAGUUAGCUUGAUUUUGGGGAAGGUUAAAGGGUCUGCAUAAUAUUGUGGGUUGAAGGGCCUGUGUUGUGCUGUAACAUUCUAUGGUCUAUGUAGUUUUUAAAAUCAUGAAUAUGAAGGUUUGAAAAAUCAAUUAGAUUUUGAACAGUUUAACAGCCAGAAUGUUUUAGUAGUUACAAAUUCAUGUAACCUUUACUGAUGAUGAGUUCCUUCAGUAGAGAAUGUUAGAUAAAUAAAAAUACUAAAAGUUUUUGCUAUUAAUGCAUGUUAAAUGGUGCAAGCAGCAUCUGCUCUCUGAGGUACAAGAGAUUCUGCAGAUGCUGGAAAUCCUGAAUAACACACACAAAUUGCUGGAGGAACUCAGCAGGUCAGGCAGCACCUAUGGUGGUGGUAGGAAAGGAACAGUCAAUAUUUCAAUCCUGAUGAAGGGUCUCAGCCCAAAACAUUGAAUGGUUCAUUUCCCUCCAUCGAUUCUGCCUGACCUGCUGAGUCCCUUGUGUGUGUGGGUUGUUCCCGGAGGCAGAUAUUUUGAAAAUAAGCACUGUACUGUUGUGAGGAGUUGCAAAGUUCUCACUGGUACCCAGGUCCAUAUAUAUCCACAUCUCGAAUGCUGAUCUGUCCAGUGCUGUUUGUGGGAUUAUGCUCCUUACAAAUAUUUCCCUGUGCCCACAAAUCAUUGAGUAUUCACUUGGUGUGAACAUGCUCUGAGAUACAUAGCUCAAAUAAUUUAAAGGCGACAAAUCAUUGGAGUGAUUUAUACAGCAAUAUAUACUUCCAGCAAUUGUGCAAUGUCUUAAAAAAAGAAAUAACAUGACUCCUUUUACUACAAAUGACCAAAUUAUUUGAAAUUAAGAGCAAUUGGAAAUGAUAUUUAUCUACAAGUUUAUUGAGUAGUUUUCAGUUUGGUUACAGUUCAAUCAUUAAGAGCCACCAUGGCACAAAGUUACAGCGAGUGUGGUGAUUCUAUACAGCCAAAGACACAUAAGACAGCUGUACUCUAACCAUAAAGUAAGCAUCUGUUAGAACAGUCAGACUUUGAGAGACAGAUCUCAACCUGGUUUGUUAAACUUCUUGACUCUACUGCAUUAGCCUGUGGAAAAAUUCAAUAAACUUCCCCGUGUAUUUAUACAAUGUUUCCGUUUUCUUUAAAAGAGUAGAAUGCUUUAAAGUAUUUGAAUACCCAUUUACUUCACAGGAUUGCUAAACAUCAACUGUGCCUCCAAGCUGAAACUUUGUACAUGAUUUGUAUGAGUUUUUGCUCGUCUUCUUCUUCCAUCCUAGUACAACCAUCCCAAUGGCAAACAGCUGUCAUUUGAAACCUCCCUGCCCCUUAAUUAUUUUGGUGGACAAGUGGCAAAUCAUAGCCAUGUAAGAAGUUCUGGAACUUCUUAAUACUGCUUCUGAUACUGCUUAAAUCUCCAUCGUUCCAUCUAGCUAUCUUGUGUGUCUUCCUUUGCCUUGUUGUCCAUGACUUCAGAGUCAGUUAACAAGAGCAUGAAAUGAAUUGGGCUGGAGACAUCUAAGUGACUCAGAAAAACACCCUGUGCAUUUCAAAGUAACAGAACAUCAAACCAUGCCCAUUUCAUUGUAAGGCAAUGUUUUUUCUGAAAUCCCCGUUGAAGACUUUGAAAUUAAACGUGGCUCAUUCACAGGUGUAAUAGGAAAUUGCCCUUUAAACCAAGGAUUCCCAACCUGGGGUCCAAAGACCCCUCGGUUAAUGGUAGGGGUUCAUGACAUAAAAAAGGUUAAACCAGUUGCAGCACUUCUCAUGGCAUUCAUAUUAUCAUCUGGUGGUUCACAUUAACCAUCCGGUCUGAGCCAUCAUGGGUGUGUUUGCCAUCAAUACUGCUCCCUGCCUCAGAAGUUCCGAAAAGAUCCCAAUUUCUACUGCCAAAGUGCUUGCCUUGGGGUUAGUAGUGGCUUCCCUGUGUUCAUUGUUGAUCAGUAGUACAACAAAUAACAUUUCAGUGGCACUUCUGACUUGUAAAACAUCCCUACGAUGGAGUGUUAUUGAUAACACCGAGACAUAGGUUACUCUUAGAAGUGUCCAAAGAGGUAGGGUGAGACUAGAAUUAGAGUUCUAGUCUCACCCAUGGGUGAAGGGUGAAAUAUUUAAGGGAAACACGAGGGGGGAUCUUCUUGAUUCACACGGUGAUGAGAGUGUGGGAACAAGCUGCCAGCAGAAGUGAAUACAGAUUUGAUUUCAAUAUUUAAGAGGUUUGUAUAGGUACAUGGAUGUGAGGGAUAUGGAGGUCUAUGGCCCAGCUGCAGAGCAAUGGGGCAAGGCAGAAUAAUAGUUUGGCACAGGCUAGACGGGCCAAAGGGCCUGUUUCUGUGCCGUGCUGCUCUGUGACUCCAGGUAGGUUUUAAGAAUCAUCCUAAAAGGUGGAAGAAGAAGCAGAAAGGAGGGUAUUCCAGAGUUCUGGGCCCUAGACAGAGCAACGGCCAGCUGUUCAGAGUUGGAAUGGGACCAAGAGCAGACUCAAUGGGUUGAAUGGCCUAAUUCUGCUCCUUUGAUGGUCAAUGUCUUGUGUCUUAUGGAAAACGGUGGCUGGUAAAAGUUCACAGCUGGAGGAGCACAGAGACUGAGGUGAGACAUGAUUAAAGACUGCUGCUUACAUCCACACAUUUCAACAUGGGGAUGUGCCUUAAGUCUCUUCACUGGUCAUAGUACACAAUUUGCUCCAAACUGUCCCCAUAUGCUGUAGCUAUGUUCGUACAUCUGCAGUCUCAUUGGACUCCAGAAUUCAAAAUGGAUACAAUUCAAUGCAAACAAUCAAGCCCACAGUAACAUCAAAUCCACACUAAUACAGUUACAUUGUAAUGUCCAACCCAAAAAUUGUUUUCUUAACCAUUCUUUAUCCUUUUUAGAAGUGUGAGUUGAAAAGAAAAAAAGAUGUUUGAAGGUGUGAUCUAUGUCAGCCACGUGAAACACUGGUAUUUUUUUCCUGGAAGACCCAAGCUAUCAACUAAUCAAGAACUUCUACUAACAAAGAUUCAUAAUCAAUAUGACAAAAUAUACACAAUCUAGUAAGUGUUCCUUAAGAGUUUUAAGAAUAAUUAAAUUCUAUGAAUGUGGAACUACCAUUUGCUCAUAUCAUACAUCACUCAAUUGUAUCUUACAUAUAGUAGGGUUGUAAUGUUGUCUAAAGCCCUUUUAUAAAGCCUGGUUCAAAGGCUUAUGAUGUGGCUAAAUUCAAUGCCUUAUAUAAACUUUAAGCCUAUUUUUAAUACAGCAAGUCUUGCCCAGGUUUUUGGAUUUAAUCAAACCCUUUGAAUUACAAAAUGAUCAGAUUGUGCUAUAUUAAGACUGCAAUCGAAAAUACGACCGCAGAAAUAAAUUUGGUCUUACCAAAGGAUACUUUAAGUUGGGGGAAAAUUUGUCAUUCGGUGUCAAUGCCAAACACUGGGAAUUGUGCUGCUCACCUCUCUGCAUUGGUUCCAUUGAAGUUAUAGAUGAUUUUAUUCCCCCAGAGAUUUUGAAGUAAUAGGGUAAAUAUUCAUAGUUUGUGGAAGCUAACGGGAAUUGAGAAGGUGGUUAAGAAGCAUACAGGAUGAGACCGUGGCCCAUCUGUGAUGGAAAAUGUUCCUCUAUUUAUCACGUGAGGCAUGCCCUGUUCUCAUUGCUACCAUCAGGAAGGAGGUACAGGAACCUGAAGGCACACACUCGGUGAUUGAAGAACAGGUUCUUCUAUGCUAUCCGGUUUCUGAAUGGACAUUCUACCUCACUACUUCUUAAAAAUUUCAAUUUUUGCACUACUUAUUUAAAUUAUUUAAUAUAUGUAUGUACAUACUUACUGUAAUUGACUGUUUUUUUUCUCUCCUCUAUUAUCCUGUACUGCAUUCUACAGCUGCUGUAAAGACAACAGCUUUCAUGACAUAUGCCCCUAAGCCUGAUCCUGAUUCUAAGCUGUCAACACACACACACAAAAUGCUGGAGGAAAUCAGCAGGCCAGGCAGCAUCUAUGAAAAGUCGACUGUUCACUCAUUGUGCAGAGAUGCUGCCUGGCCUGCUGAGUUCCUCCAGCAUUUUGUGUGUGUUGCCUGGAUUUCCAGCGUCCCCUCUGCAGAUUUUCUCUUGUUUGGGAGCUGUUACCUUCUUUAAUGUGACAACUUAAAGAUUCUGAUUUCGACUAUGUGAGUGAACAGGAGAGCUUUCAAUGCAUAAUUUUUCAUAAAUUCUGUUGUAUUUCUUUAUCUUCCUGUAAAUGCCUGCAAGAAAAUGCAUCUCAAGGUAGCAUACUGAUAUAUUUGGUUAACAGAAACCUAUCAAACUUUGGAGAACAGAGACAGAUCCAAUUGUGGCAUUUACAGAAGGGGCGAGUACUUAAAAGAAGAAUGGAUUACAGGGUUUACAAUGGAAAGAGGUUGGAGGAGUGGGAUUAAUGGGACCAUAAAGAGCCAAUGUGAGCUGGAUAGACUAAACUUCGCCGCUGUAACCCUCUCAUGAUUCACUGAAAUUACUACCACUCCCUGUUGUGUAGCAAAGAGCUUCUUACAACUUGUGAAAGGCCUGUCUUUUAUUUUUAGACUGCCCUUGGUCUCAUUUUCCCCAGCCUUGAGGAAUAUGUUCUCUCUAUCUACUCUUACACUCUUUAAAGCCUUAAGCUUCCAACUUCUCUCUAUCACACAACUAUUGAUUGAUUACCAGUUUCUCCAGCUUUACUGCAGUGUUGCAGGCACUGAUAAAUCUUCACCAUCAUGAAGCAGAGGGAAGAAUACAUAAUAAACUGAGGUGCUGCACUACCGUUACAGCUCAGAAUCUGCUGCACUCCAUAUGGAAAGGUCUAAAUUAACCCACGGUCUUCUUGCGUCAACUGAGUUGCCUGCCUUUUGCCUGUAUUAAUGUUGUUUGAGAGGCUGUUUAAUGGCUCUCUUCUGGAAUGUGCUUUACAACAGUGUUUUUUUUUAAAACAAAUGGUUUAGUCAAAGUAAAUUUAUUUUCAAAGUACGUAUAUGUCACCAUAGCUUGAGAUGCAUUUUCUUGCAGACAUCUACAGGAAAAUAAUAAAUACUAUGCAACAUACAAAAUGCUGGAGGAAUUCAGCAGAUUAGGAAAGUUGACAUUUCGGGAGUCCCGAAGAAUAUCGACUGUUUAUUCCUUUUCAUAGAUGCUGCCUAACCUGCUGAGUUCCUCCAGCAUUUUGUAUGCGUUACUCUGGAUUUCCAGUAUUUGCAGGAUCUCUUGUGUUAAAGAAGUACAAUGGAAUUUAUGGAAAACUAACAAUAAAAAGGCACACUUGUUAGUCGAUAAUACGAUUGAAAGUGCAACUCAGAAUCUUCAGUUGUCGCAUUAAAGUUAACAACUCAGUCUUGUGUGAUUUGCUGUUGGUAAGCGUCCAUAGUUAAGGCAGGUUUCCCAACAGAUGGGAGAUCUAAUGCAAUUCUCCAGAAGCGAUGGCAGUGAAGGCCACUCAUAUGUUCCUGGUGGCUUCAGCCAAUCUUCUGAGGAACCCCCAUGAGCAUGUGUUGGUGUUCAAUCACCAGGUGACCCUAGUUGAGGUGUGGGGAAGUCAGGCAGGGUUCUUGGUCCUGACAGUUAUCUGGUGAUCCCUGCUUCAAAUGUGACAUGGAGAUAUUGUGUGCGGCCAAUUGCUCUUAGGAGAAGGGUGCAUACUUUACUGCUAGCUGCUUUAUUAAAGUUAUACACAUCCCAAGACAAGCUUAAACAAAACAAAACUGCUGGAGGAACUCAGUAAUUCAGGAAUCAUCUAAGGAGGGGAAUGGACAGCAAAAGUUUUGUGCUAAGGUCUUUAGAUGAUUGUCCAUUUCCCGCCACAGAUGCAGCCUGGCCCUCUGAGUUCCUCAGGCUAUUUGCUUUCUUUUCCCAGCCUCUGAAUGAAUAAGUUUCACCCCGCCAGGUUCCCCUUAAAUAUUUAAACUUUCCUCCUUAACCUAUGACUUCUACUUCCAGUCACACCCAAUCUCAGUAGAAAAAACCUGCUUGCAUUUACCCCAGCUAGACUCCUCAUAAUUUUGUAUACCUCUAUCAAAUCUCCCAUCAUUCUCCUACACUCCAGGGAACAAAGUCCUAACCUGUUCAACCUUUCCCUGUUAUU